UAUAUAAAGAAUCCCUAGCUAUUUCUAGGCUAAUAAACCAGAACUUGAUAUUGAAAAUGUCAGAAAGCCUCUCAGAUUCUGAUUCUGCCAUGCUUGAAUUUGUUCGACAAUACCUUCUUGAUGAUCCAGCUGAUAUCUCGAGUCCUUUUCCGGAUCAUGAUCAGACAAAUACGCCCUCUUCUAACGAGCCACAUUAUUACAGCCGUAGUUCAAGCUUCACGAGUCCUUUUUCAUUCGACCAAUCCAACGAACCACCGUUCUAUAUCGAUUCAUUUGUUGAUUCACUUUCUCCUAUUAUAAGUCCUUGUAAUUCUGAAGUGUCUAGCCCAAGAAAUAACAUCAUCAAUAAUACUACUACCUUUUUUAGUGAUAGCUCACUAAUGUGUUCAUUCAGUAGUGAGUUGACUCAUCCGAGCCCUAGCCCAGCCUACACUACUCAAUCCCAAUCCUCACUAGAUAUUAAUAUUACUUCAAACAAUGUCUUUCAAAUUACGAAUUGGGAUGGUGGACCAUCACUUCUUCAUAGUCCAAGUUCACCCAUUAUGACAACAGAGGAAACACAGUUUAAAGUCGAUUUUUCACUUGGAAAAGUCGAAAAGAUGAAGAAAAAAGAUCAAAUUAGAAAUAAAGAUUGGAAACGGUUUAGAGGUGUAAGACGUCGUCCAUGGGGGAAAUUUGCAGCUGAGAUAAAGAACCCGAAUAAGAAAGGUGCUCGGAUUUGGCUUGGAACGUAUUCCACGCCUGAAGAAGCUGCAUUGGCUUACGAUCAAGCGGCUUUCAAGAUUCGUGGUUCACGAGCCAUGGUUAACUUUCCGCAUUUGAUUGGGUCAAAUACAAUAAAACCUCUAUGCUCCUUGUCACAAGUAGCUUUGGAAUGUAAGUUAAAAAGUAAAGGCUUCAUACCCAAAAACGAACCGUAAUAACGUACCAAUCAUUUCCCUAUAUAUUGUACAACGUAUUCUGUUGUUGUUCAAAAACGAUAAGAACAUUGUAUGAUUAAUGAGAACCGCUCUGUACACCACCAGUUUUUUAGAUAUAUACCACUAAAUGUGUUUUAUAAUGUGGUACUAGUAAA